GGUGGUGGUGGUGGUAGUGGCGGGUGGUAUUACAUGCGUACUAGCUGAUCUAUCAGCAUGGGACUGGUGGUGUACUGGUACGAUUUCGUGUGUUUCGGGAUUGUGGGUGUGGCUUUCAUUGGGUCCCUGUAUGUGCUGUGGAAGAGGGAAGGCGGAGGAAAAGGUGAUAUUGAGAGAAGCAUGUAUGAGAGUCUCUUAAUUGGUCGACCAGCAGAGAGCAAUGCUACUAAUUAUCCAAGGCCAAGGGGACAUGUGAGCUCCUCCCAACUCUGGACCAGUUGUUGGCGAGGGUUGCAUCCACUCUGGCUUUUAGGGCUGCGUUUUGUGUCCUGUGUUGUCUUGGCCGGAUUCUUGGCCGCCGACAUCAUCACCUACGACACUACCAUUUUCGUUUACUACACCGAGUGGACUUUCGCAUUAGUAAUCAUUUAUUUCGCGAUUGGGACCGUUGUAUCUGCACAUGGAUGUGUGUUGUACUACUACUCAAGAAAACCUCCUUCUGAUAAUGGAGAAAGAGGAGAGUUUCUCAAAAUGGAUGUGGGAGAGAGUAUUUCGACAAAUGCUGCAACUUCCAGGGGAAAAAAUUUCCGGGGCAGCAUCAAGUUGCAAAGCCACUACUAUGACGAAGAGGAGAUGCGACAAAGAGCUGGUUUUUGGGGAUACCUAAUGCAAACUGCAUAUCAGACUUGUGCAGGUGCUGUAAUCCUAACGGACAUUGUAUUUUGGUGCAUUAUAGUCCCGUUUCUAACAAAUGCACAUCUUCAACUGAACCUGUUGAUGGGAUGCAUGCACACUCUGAAUGCUGUUUUUCUUCUUCUUGAUACCUCUGUUAAUAGCCUUCCAUUUCCUUGGUUCCGACUUUCAUAUUUCGUGCUCUGGAGUUGCUGCUAUGUUAUUUUCCAGUGGGUUAUUCAUGCUUGUGGUUUUCCAUGGUGGCCAUAUCCUUUUCUUGAGCUUUCGACAUCAUGGGCACCUGUGUGGUACCUAUGCCUGGCUGUGGUUCACAUCCCUUGUUAUGGACUAUAUUCCUUGCUUGCAAGAGCAAAAAAUUCAAUUUUCUCUAGAUUGUUCCCUCAUGCAUUUGUGAGGUCAUAUUAGCUUUUCAUCUUUUGUUUGUUGUGCUGCGAAGUUGAUUGUGUGCUUGUAUAUAUAAAGGAGGGGAAAAUUGUUGAAACCUAUCUCCUCCAAGAAUUAUGUGGUUUACCAAUGGUGUACUGAAUUAAGAUUGUGAGUUAUGCAGUGCGGAAGCUGUUCGUUGAUUUAA